CUUUCCUUUCACACUCUCUCUCUCACACACAAAUUUUCUCUGCUUCUUUCUUACACACAUAUAAUACUUAUUACUUGAUGUAUAUAUAUAUAGAUAGAUAGAUAUAAAUAUAUAUAUAUAUAUAGAUAUAGAUUGGUGUAAGUAAGUAUGUUUGUUACAUUGAAGUAAAAAAAAGUGAUGGAUUUAGUUGAAGGAGUAGGUGAAAGCUCUUCACCGCCGCGGACUUUUGCAGGUGGUUUUUCCGGCAACGAAGUAGUUAAUGAUGUUUAUAAUCGCUUACUUUCGAUCGGAAACGACGACGUUUUAGCUUAUCCUGAUUUCCGUGAGCAGUUAGAAGCUCACUUCAAUCGAUUACCUUCUAGUUAUGCCUUGGAUAUCAACUGGGACAGAGUUGAAGAUGUAUUGCUGCAUCAAAAGCUACUUGUCUUGGCCAAGGAUCCUGAGAAUCGACCUGUUUUUCAUGUCCGCCUUUUGGAGAACUUUUGGACUCGAGCAGAUGGUGAUGAAGACCAACAGGAAUCAUCUGUGGGGCCUAGUUUGUCACACGGAGGGAUUUGUGAAACUGAUUUUGAACCUUGUUCUAAACUUGGGGACCUAAACUUGGAGGUUAGAAGAAAUUCUCUUGACAAGGACAAAGUGCAUCUAGAAGGAGAUUCCUUCAGAAGGCAUGAAGAUCAUGUGCCUAUUCAUGAAGUGAUAUUUUCAGCUGUUGACAAACCUAAGCUUCUUAGUCAGCUCUCAGCAUUACUUUCUGACAUAGGACUCAACAUACGUGAAGCACAUGUAUUUUCAACAACUGAUGGCUACUCUUUAGAUGUGUUUGUGGUUGAUGGAUGGCCUCUUCAGGAAACACAGGCUUUACAUGCGGCAAUGGAGAGUGCAAUUGCUAGGAGCGAGGGAUCAUGGUCGGGUCCGUCACGUUUGAAAUCAGGCAUAGGGAGAGCAUUAACUGCUCAAGUUAAUUUUGUAGAUACAGAGAUAGAUAUUAGGUUACUGAAGUUAGGGGAAAAGGUCGCAUCAGGAUCUUGUGGAGAUUUGCACCGGGGUGUGUAUGUGGGUCAGGAAGUUGCUGUUAAAGUUCUUAGAUCCGAAACCCUGAAUGAAGCAUUGGAGGACGAGUUUCGUCAUGAAGUAGCUAUUCUCAGGGAGGUCCAGCAUAGAAAUGUUGUUCGUUUUAUUGGUGCUAGCACAAAGCAACCUCAUCUGUGCAUUAUUACAGAAUACAUGCCUGGAGGCAGCCUUUAUGAAUACCUACAUAAGAACCAUCACACCUUGUCGCUUCCUCAGUUGGUGCAGUUUGCAAUAGAUGUUUGUAGAGGAAUGGAGUACUUGCAUAAGAGCAAUAUUAUCCACAGGGAUUUGAAGACUGCAAACUUGCUUAUGGACAAUGACAAUGUUGUAAAGGUCGCUGAUUUUGGGGUUGCUCGUUUCCAGAAUCAAGAGGGAGUAAUGACAGCAGAAACUGGAACAUACAGAUGGAUGGCUCCUGAGGUUAUAAAUCAUCAACCGUAUGAUCAGAAAGCUGAUGUUUUCAGUUUCGCGAUUGUUCUGUGGGAGCUUGUGACAGCCAAGAUUCCUUAUGACAACAUGACUCCAUUGCAAGCAGCCUUGGGAGUAAGACAGGGGCGUCGGCCAGAUCUUCCCACUAACACACACCCGAAGUUGUUGGAGUUGAUGCAAAGAUGUUGGGAAACUGAUCCUGGCAUUCGUCCUUCUUUUUCUGAAAUCAAAGUCGAACUUGAAAAAUUACUCCAGGAAAUUCAGGGGACAGUGGAGAAACCGAAUGGAAGCUAGGGAUUUCGUGGUUAGGAAAUUGCAGCAUCUUACAGUUUAGUCUUUAGAAUUUUGGUAAGUAAACAUAGUACAUGGAUCCAGCUGAAAUACGAGUGUACAGAGGUGUCUUGUUAGAAAAAUAUGAAGGAAAGAAACAGGGGAGAAUAUAAUGAGAGAGAAUGAAUAGCUAGCGUUACCUUGUUAUAGAAAACUUCAAACCUUUUUAGUGUUUUUGAGCAAAGAUGCAUUGUGUGUCCUUGCUUUUUUAAUGUCUUGCUCAGUUGCUCUUGCC